AUGUAUGGUGUUGAGUGUUUUCGGCCACUUGGCCUCGCCGCCUUUAUGUUGGCAGUCCUUUCGGUCGUGCGGGUCGCAACAUCAGAAGAUGACCCAAACAAACUGACGCCGCAGGAGCGCAUAGAUAGAUACCGCAAACGAGUUGCGCGGUCGUUCCUCCUUAAGAUGGCUGAAGAACCCGGUGCCAUGACGCUCCCCUCAGGCGUCGUUGUUCACGUGCUCAACCGCGGCGGUGGUGGACGGUCGGCUGCUGUUGAUGAUGAAUGCACCGUUCACUACACAGGAACACUGAAGGAUGGAACUGUGUUUGACAGCUCACGAGAUCGCGGACAGCCCUUCAAACUUAAGCUGGGCCAAGUGAUUGUUGGUUGGCAGGAGGUCCUCCAACUGAUGCGACCCGGCGACCGCUGGAAAGUUUUCAUCCCACCUGAACACGGCUACGGUGCGAGAGGUGCAGGCCCAAAGAUCCCACCCCACUCCGCACUGGUGUUUGACAUGGAGUUGAUUUCCAUUGAAGGCGGCGGCAACGGUCGCACUGAAAAGGAGGUGGAGGAAGUUCUCAAGGGUUACGCGGGGAAGGGAGACUUGUAA